GUCAGUGAAUUGUUGAAUUUGUUCUAUAUGCUGAGGGCAACCAAUAAAAAAUGAAAAACCCGUUAAAGAUAUGGUAGUCCAAGCACUCGAAAAGUUGCAAUUAUAACUUCCCAACCACCACGCGGCAUGGCCGAAAAAACAGGAAAAAAACUCCCCAACGACCUUCACCCAAAAUACAUUUCCCUCAUUUACUCCACACUCUCCAAACCAAUAUUAUUUAUCCCACUCUCCACCAACAUUUUCUAGCUAGCUAGGAGACCAAAAAUAAAGACUAACAGCAAAUGGCAACUAUGCAAACUCUAUUCCUCAUUUCUGUUCAACUAUUACUCAUGCUCGUGAGAACCUCCGGAGGAAAAGUUCCCGCCAUCAUCGUGUUCGGAGAUUCCUCGGUUGACGCUGGCAACAACAAUUUUAUUCCUACCGUCGCUAGGAGUAAUUUUCAGCCUUAUGGUAGGGACUUUUACGGGGGGCGGGCAACCGGAAGAUUUUCCAACGGUAAAAUUGCCACUGACUUCAUCUCUGAGGCCUUUGGGUUGAAGCCUACUAUUCCGGCGUACUUGGAUCCGGCUUAUAAUAUCUCUGAGUUUGCCACCGGGGUUACCUUUGCUUCUGCUGGAACUGGAUAUGACAAUGCCACUUCUAAUGUGCUGUCUGUGAUACCUCUAUGGAAAGAAUUGGAAUACUACAAGGAUUAUCAGAAGAAGCUCAGAACAUAUCUUGGAGAGAAACAAGCAAGUGAAAGAAUAGCGGAGGCUCUACACAUCACAAGCAUGGGAACUAACGACUUCCUUGAAAACUACUAUGCCUACCCUGGCCGAUCCUCCCAAUUCACCAUCACACAUUACGAAGACUUCUUGGUCCGGAUAGCUGACAAUUUCAUCAAGGAACUCUACGGUCUCGGAGCCCGAAAAAUCUCCCUCGGAGGGCUGCCUCCAAUGGGGUGUAUGCCAUUGGAGAGAACUAGAAAUCUAAUAGGCAGCCACGACUGCUCGCAGAGGUACAACAAUUUAGCUCUGGAGUUCAAUGGAAAAUUGAAAGAUUUGGUGGAGAAGCUGAACAAGGAACUUCCUGACAUCAGCUUGGUGUUUUCAAAUCCAUACUAUGUUUUCCUGCACGUUAUUAGAAAUCCUUCACUUUACGGAAUCGACGUGACAGAAGUGGCAUGUUGCGCAACUGGUUUGUUUGAAAUGGGAUAUGCAUGCAAUCGCGAGAAUCCCUUUACUUGUACUGAUGCUAGCAAGUAUGUGUUUUGGGACUCCUUCCAUCCAACAGAGAAAACAAAUUACGUUGUGGCAAGCUAUUUGGUCAAGACAGUGUUAGCUAAGUUUAUUUGACAAGGGCAAGUCUAGUAUGUAUAUCAUAUUUAAAAUAAAUAGAAAAAUAUUAGUAAUACUUCGUUGUUUUAGAUUAUGAGUGACGAAGUUAUGUUCCUUAAAUAAAAAUAAUUAAUAUGUAUGCACAUUUCUUAUUAUUGUAGAAAAAUAUUUGUUUUUUUUGGUUAUCCAGGCCAUAUUUAUGAUAUCCCUCCCUCCUAAAAUAAAUGUCAAUUUUUGUU